CUCGGCCCUCAGUUGUCACAGUCAACGCAGCGGUCAAACCCACAGCACAACAUGAAGCUCAUCCUGCUCUCUCUGGCACUCACGUGCUUCAGUCUCGCCGCCGCCAAGCCUGCCGCGCAACCUGAAGCUGAAGCGAAGCCUGAAGCGAAGCCAGAAGCCGAGGCCCUCGCUUCAUUUGGUGGUGGAUUUGGUGGAGGAUAUGGUGGAGGUCACGGUUAUUAUGGAGGAUACGGAGGACAUGGCUACGGCGGAUACGGUCAUGGAGGAUAUGGAUAUGGCCACGGUGGAUACGGACAUGGAGGAUAUGGUGGUUUUGGAUACGGUGGACAUGGUGGCUACGGACACGGAUACGGCCACGGUUACGGACAUGGGUACGGUCACGAAGGAUAUGGUCAUGGUUAUGGUCUGGUAUAUGGACACGGCUACGGCCAUGGAGGAUAUGGCCACGGAUACGGAGGAUACGGAGGUUACGGAGGAUACGGAGGAUACGGCCACGGAGGUUACGGGGGUUUCGGAGGUUACGGGGGCCACGGAGGCUACUACAAGAGAUAACUUGAAGUUGUUCUGCUGUGAUAUGUUGACGAGUUGACGCUAGCGAUCCACCAAGCGAACGAUUGUUAACGACACGCACUUUAGAAUAAAACGAAUUGUACGAAUAAUAA